AACAGAGAAUCAAACAGGUAGACGCUCCUGAUAAGGAUUACAAUUUAUGAUUUCUGUGAGUGUGAGGGGACAGUGUGUGGUGUGUAAAAGUGUAGUAAGAUGUACGAAGCUGUAAGAAGAUGUAUGUAGUGCAAUUAGCGUGGGACGGAAUCUAUUGUCUUUCCGUUGAUUACGUUUAUAAUGGAGCAAUUAUAAACGCUUGAAUGGUGUUGUUUUUACGGUGGAAAAUAGAAUAAUUGGCAGGAUUUAACUGCGAUUGCGCGUAACUGCUAUUUCAUAACGUUACCCUUUCGUGGGUGGCCGACAACGGUGUGGUAAAAGGUGUAAUAAUUAUUGUAGCAGCUCCUGACAACCAAAUAAGAUUGAAAUCGAUUUAGCAAAAAACAAGACUGUUAAGUGCGUCGAAUGAAAUUUAAAUUAGCACAAAAAUAUAGGUGAUAAUGUACUAAACUAAUACCCUUCGAAACAACACUCGGUGCCGACGACGAUCCUUGCGUUUGUUGUAGCGCCGUUUGAUUGCCGUGACAACGUGGCCGUCCAUGCGUGUGUCGGCAAUAAACAAGCAACAAACCGCGCGCGUCCACCAAUAUCAGCAGUGUUGCCGGCUGUUACUACCACCACUGCAGUAGCAGCAGCAGCGUGCAGGUCCGGUUUGAGGUGCGAACCAGCCGACCAUCGGCCAGUCGCCGAACGCGAGCGAACGGGCGUGGGACGGGCGUGUUAAUCGCGCUAGCCGUGCGGAAAAGUGCGUCUCCUUCAGUGUGCAUUGUGCCGCGCAGAAGGAAGCAGGGCAGUGCCGGUGAAGGCAGGACUCGCCCCGUUGUCGACAAGGGGAAUGUGCAAUUGAAGGUGUCGUCGUGCCAGCAAUCGUUCAGUAACGUGUUGGAGGUGUGUUUUUUUUCUCUUUUUCGUAAGAGGCAAGCGAGUAGAAUUUGGAACUGCUGUUUGCCUCGGCACGUGUGAUGGAUUCUAGCAGAGGCACCGUGCUCGACAGCAUCCGUGAGCUGUACCAGUUCGGUGUGGUGGAUUAUUGUAUGUUUGCCGCAAUGCUGAUCCUUUCCGCUGCUUGCGGCAUUUACUUUGGGUUCUUCAAACGCACCAAAGCGAAGGAUACACCCACGGCCACGGACACGAGUGAUCUCGAUCUGGGUGGAAAUCCCCCCACGGUAGGAUCGGUGGAGAGUAAGACACCGAUCAGUCCGUUUGGAUCGUCAACGAUCGAUGAGUACUUGCUGGGAUCACGCAAGCUAAAAGCAUUCCCAGUGGCGAUGAGUCUGGUGGCGGGAUACAUAUCCGGUGUAACGAUACUGGGCACACCAGCAGAGAUCUACAACUUCGGGACGCAGUACUGGUUGAUCGUGGUACCGAUCAUCCUGACGGGGGUAGCCGUAUGCACGAUCUAUCUGCCGGUGUUUUGCUCGCUGAAGCUGAACUCUUCGUACGAAUAUCUGGAGCUGCGGUUUAACAGACAGAUGCUGUUCCUUCCAAUGAUCAUCUACGUGCCAGCGUUGGCAUUUAAUCAAGUGACUGGACUAAAUUUGUACAUGAUCGGAGCGAUCGUGUCCCUCGUCUGCAUUUUUUACACACUCCUGGGUGGCAUCAAGGCGGUCGUCUUUACCGACGCUUGGCAGGUGGUGGUGAUGUUUAUCUCCGUCGUUGUCGUGGUGAUCAUCGGCACGAUCGCGGUUGGCGGGCUGGACGUCAUCUGGGAGCGAUCGAUGGAAGGCGGACGGAUAGACUUCUUCAACAUGAGCCCCACACUGUACGGGCGGCAAACGUUCUGGGCGGUCCUGAUUGGGGGUUUCUUCUACUGGACCUCGUUCAACUCCGUCAAUCAAACGAUGGUACAGCGGUACAUGUCCCUACCGAAUCUGAGGACAGCGAGGCUCUCCAUUGCCAUGUUCACGGUAGCGAUGGGCGUGUUUGUGUCGGUAUGCUGCUACGCGGGGCUGCUGCUGUACGGCAAGUACUACGACUGUGAUCCUGCCUCGGUCGGGCUGGUCUCGACCAACGAUCAGCUGUUCCCGCACUACGUGAUGGAGUCGGUCGGACAUCUGCGUGGCAUGCCGGGCCUGUUCAUUGCCGGCGUGUUUGGAGCCGCACUUAGCUCCAUGUCGGUAAUACUGAACUCCGUCUCGGCUGUUCUGCUGGAGGAUGUGCUGCGCGGGUUGUUCCAGCUCAACCCGAGCCCUUUAAAGGAAAACAUUUUCGUUCGUUGCUGUGUGGUGAUACUGGGACUCACUGCUUUAGGGUGUCUGUUUAUCAUCGACAAGCUGGAUGGAAUAUUGAUCGUGUCCGCCACACUUGCAGCGAUUGCCAACGGUACGACGGGAGGGAUCUUCACGCUGGGGAUGUUGGUCCCGUGGAGUAACACCAAGGGAGCACUGGUUGGGGGUAUUGCGGGAGCGCUUCUGUCCGGUUGGGUGUCGCUGGGGAAUCAAAUUGCAAGCGGUGCAGGGGAGAUCGUUGCACGCAAGCUGCCCGUCUCGAUCGACGGCUGCAUCGAAGAGCUUGUGGGAAAUAUUACCCUAGUCGAUCCUGUCUAUCCGGAUGAGAGUGGAGUGUUUCCACUGUACCGGUUGUCUUACCAUUGGAUCACACCGAUCGGUGUAACGACAGUGCUGAUCGUCGGAACGAUCGUAUCGUUCCUCACGGGACCACGCGAUCUGCGGCAUAUCGAUCCGGAACUGAUCUCGCCCGUCAUCCAUCGUUUGCUGCCGGUAGAGUCGUUCAGCUACUUUGGAACGGCAAACAAAAAUGCGACAAUAUUCAACGAAGAAAUGCAAGCACAAGCGAGCGUGCCUCCAGGUCCAGCGAACGAUCUGAACGGUCAGGUAGGUAAAGAAGCGAGAACAAGAUGGUAGGAAAAUAUUAGCAGAAAAUUUAAGACUAGAUGUUAUUGUACUGUGCAAUAGUAGCACGACGAAUAUAUUCAAAUAGCCAUAUUAGGCAAACAAAGUACUUAAAAGCGAGCUUAUUGUUUAGUGUAGUCGUAAUUAUCAGGGUAUUCAAUUUUUCCAAAAGCGCCACAACAAAAUCUCUCAAUUUAAAAGAUUCACAAAUAUAUUUGUACAAACUCCAACCAAGCUGUGAUUUCACCAGUAGUGCAAAGAUGAACGAAUUUUAAUAAUAAACCGUUUUAAACCGUUUGAAUGUUUAUUUUAUAAAAAACAACCAGAAAAACAGAUUUGUAAUAGAUUUUGUAAUACAUAAAUAAAAUCAAUAAAAACUGGGAACAAAA